AAGGGUUUCAACUUACACACCAUUCACACUGCAUCCGAUGGACUUGAGUCCCCCCGGUGCGGGACGACGCAGACACAGACUAAAUUUCCAGAUGUGCCGAGACCACUCACAUCAAAACGAACUCACCAGGAGGACACAAGAGCAUCAAUUUCCCUCCAACUCGAUUUCUGUUCCGCAGUUGGGCGUCUAGAGCACACCCGAAGCACCUCCCCAAGCACCUUCCGCGCCACGCGCAGAUUGGAAGUUAGAGCGGUCAACUCGCCCUUGCUUCGAUACGCAGUACCUGUACAGUACAACAACAUCUUGCCUCUCUCCUGUGGGGAGUGCGAUACAUCUGAAAUGGCACACCUACCGCCCAGCGCAGCCAUAUUUUCGCCCUCUGUUGCCCGCGCUGCCGCCUCGGCUGCAAAAGACUGGUCCUACGUCGACAGCUGGCUGCAACGCAAGUUCCCCGGCAGCAGCCCUCCACCAUUUGAGCGCAAUGCCGACACGCUGCGCGCCUUGAUGGCCCUCGCAUCUGCCAAUGAAGCAGCUGACGAGGAGCGCGCUCUCAUAGCCCGUCUCGAGGCUGAGACCCUCGACCAACUGCGAGCCCACGAGCGGCAGCAGCAAACCCAAGCGGAGGCGAACCAAUCUGCAGCCGCCACCCUCCAAUCCGCCCGCGAGGCCAUUCUCACCGCUCUCGAGGCCUCCCUCCCGCGCGAGGGCCAGACAGCGCUCACCGCCCUAGCCGCCCUCGCCCUCCAGACCGGCGACCCCCUCCCCUCCCCCUCCUCCCUCGGCGCCGAACUCAUCUCCCUCUCCGCCAGCGCCGCCACUCUCGAGCAAACCAUUUCCCGCAUCCGCACCCUCACGGCCCACAUUGCCCGGGAAGCCGCCGCCACAUCUCAGCUCGCCGCCGAGCUCCGUCCGCCGUCGCCCGGCCAUCACCAUCCCGACGAUGACGACGGCGACGGCGACGGCAACGGCGACGGGGACGCAGCCGAUCCCGCCGCCGCCACCACCACCACCGGCAGCACUACGGCAGCGCGCGGGGCAGGUUACCACCCGCCGCCGACGCUCGCCCUCCAGAACCUCGCCCUCCAGCGCCAGAUCAAGUCCCUCUCGUCCCAGAUCCCCGCCCUCCGCGACAAGGCCGCGGCGCUGGCGCGCUCUCAAGGGGGUGUCGCCCCGUCGCCCAGCCUCGCCCAGGUGCGUGAGGAGGAGGAAGCCUACCUGGCGCUGCUGUCGCUCAAGGAGGAGCUGGACGCACAGGUGCGGGCGUUCGCCGGCCUGCCGCAUGACACGGAGCUGGCGAGGCGAGAGCUGGAGGGGCUGAGGGAAGAGUUGCGGCGGCUGGAGGCGAGGAGAGACGAGGUGUUUGAGGGUUUGGUGGAGAGGGAGACGCCGAGGAAACCGAGGAGAUAGGAGGUGAAAAGAAUGGUUAAAGGCUGGAGCAAGGUUGCCAACGAGCUUAAGGAGAGUAAUAAAUGGCUAGGUUGGUUGCGGGGAAAAAAAAACCAACCAGAUACUACGAAGAUGGUACAACUAUUUCAUGAUUCAGGCUUGUACGUACAGUACACUACCGUUCUAUAUUAGUCUAGGGUACUUGUAGUAAGAGACGGGGACGAUGAUGAAGCAUGCACCCCAGCCCUAAC